GCGAUGCUCAUCGAUUAAGUUGUAUAUUCUGAUAAACUAUUUGUACCGGAUCAUGCGCAAAAAUAACAUUUCAUUCAAUCUUUCUCGAAUUUCAUUUAUCUAAUACUUUACGCGAAAUUGUCGGAGAUUUAAGCGUCAACGGAUAUACCUACUAACGUCGGAUCGAGGAAUUUUUUUGGUUGCAUUAUGCAUUCGAUUUUUAUUGUGAUUUUAAUUUUCGUUUUCGUAACUGCCACCAUUAAUGCGAGAGAAAUUACCAAGAUUUUCGAUAGUAGUAAGAUGCCCAGCGGAUCAUUUUAUUCAAAAUGGUUUCCAUAUUCUUACAAUUCAUCCGAUGUCGAAAUGUUUUAUUUUCGAGGACAUCAAGAUGAAAAAGUACAAAUCACAUUCGAUAAAUUCAAUUUGUUUUCAAAAGGCCCGUCCCCGAACGAAAGAUGUGGAAUAGACAAUUCAAUUUCGUCCAUCAGUUACAAAAAAACGGAUAGAAGUAUAGACUGGGAGAGAUUUUGCGGGACUCGCAAACCAUUACCGAUAAUGUCCGAAGAAGAGCAGUUUUCCUUACGUUACGAACCAGUCGUAAUUCCUGCCAAUAACUUGAUGAGAGAACAAAAUCAGGAAAUUGGUUUUAACGCUUCGUUUAGAUUUGUUAAAAAUUAUGGAAUCGAUUACCAAAGUUCACCAAACGAUCAGUCCAAUUAUGGUUGUGAUUUUACAUACGAUAGCGAAGAUUACCCGAAUGGAACAUUCAAUAGUCCAAAUUUUCCCGGAACGUAUCCAACACCCAUAUUGUGUUAUUUUACUUUCAAAGGAGUUGAAAGCAAUAUUUUCUUCAAUUUUACACAUUUUAAUCUCAUAGGAUCAACGGACUGUAAUGAAGAAGUAGAUAAAAAAGACAAAUUGCAAAUUUUAACCGCCAGCGAUGGUUUUACGGACGAGAAUAAGCAAGAGUUUUGCGGAAAUCAUACUGAAAUUUUCAACGUUACUAUUACCAAUAGAACGGCUUUUAUUAUAUUUUACCAUCAGACAAAUUUCUCGGACGUAGAAUUAUCCAAUUACGAAUUUGUAGGAUUCAGCGCCACUUUCUUAUUUACCAAUGAGACCGUACCAAAUGCUUGUUAUCAUAUAAUACCAAAUAUUGGAUCUUUAUGCAUCUGCCUGUAUUUGUGGUUACAUAAAUAUCUAUAUUUUUAACAAAAACUCUACAAUUAGUUAGUUUAAUUAAUAAAUCAGGCGAAAUAAGUCAUUCAACUGGUUUUUAUAUUAUUUUUCCCCCUCCUCACUUUAUUCGCUGUAUUUGCUCACUGGUGAUUUCAAAACAUUCUAACAAAGUAAGUACUUACGAUAUAUUUUAAUUCUUGUAAAUUUACCUAUCAAAUAAUUAAUUCUCAUGUUAGCUUCAUUUUCCAAUUGUUUUCUUUGUUUUAUUGUUGAAUAAAUUCCCUUAUUUAUAAAAUAAUUUUGUUUUUAAAUUAUUUUUUACCAACAUCAUUAUUUUAAUUUUUUCAAUUCGGCAUUUUUAUUACCAUUAUGCAUACCUUUACCUAUACGUACAUACUUACCUACUCAUAAAUUCAUAUUAUUUUGAACUUUGAAGAAGCAAUUCACAUUAUUGUUACCUAUUAUUUUUCAAAAUUGAAGAAAUUAUACCUGAAUAGCAAUACAAUAUGGCUCGUGCUGUCGUGCAUUGACAAUACCGAAAAAUUUGUGUAAAUCAAGUGAUAUUAAUAAUAAGAAGUGUUGAAAUGAAACAUACUUUAAUUAAAUAAUUUAAAUUUCACCUGUGUAUUCUUCAUAUUGUUAUGUUUAUAUUAAGCUUAUCAAAAAUGUAACCUUUUUCUAUUUAUGAAUAAUAAAUACUCAAUUGAUUGUUUA